AUUCUACCAACUCUGGCUAAGCCUGAGCUUCCAAAAGUGAUCUGAGCUGUUCAACCUUGGCACUUAAUUACUGCUAGCAGAGAUAAUUAUGUCCCUCUUUCUCAGAUUACAGGCUUGAGAAAUUCUGAAUAUCCCAUACCCUAAAGGUUUUUUUCUUAACUUUAUUGUUACAAUUGGCCUUCAUCCAGCUCUAGAUGGUUGAACUGUAGUGUGGCAAAGAUGUUUGAUCUCAGAACGAAGAUCAUGAUCGGCAUUGGAAUCAGCUUACUGGUUGCCGCGAUUGUGCUCUUAUGUGUUGUGCUCUGUCUUUACUUCAAAAUAGCCAAGGCACUAAAAGCUGCAAAGGAAUCUGGUCACAACUCAGACAAGGUGUUGUACGCCAAGAACAGCCAGGCCAAAACCAUGGCCACGGAGUCUUGUCCGGCCCGGCAGUGCUGUGAAGGAUGCAGAAUGUAUGCCGAUUUUGAUUCCCUGCCACCUUGCUGUUGUGAUAUACAUGAGGGCCUCUGACUUGGGAAAGGUGGGCACAAAAUCUUCAUGAGCAGUAUUUCUUUCUUAGUAUAACAUUUUAUUAUGCAAAUCAAGUUCUAGAGUAUUUACACGCUAUUAUGUACAGUGUUAUUUUCUGUACUUCUGAAUAAAUGUGCAAUAUUGGAAAUAA